UUUUUCGGUGGCUGUGCGCAACGACACGAGUAAAACGGAGGCGCCGUAAGUUGCUCGUGAUUCUCCGACAACCGACUGUUGCGCCAGGAGAGCGUCAGUCCAGCAUGAGCGGAAACGCGGACGGCGGCGACGCGCUCGCGGAAAACGGCCUUUUCGCCACUUCAUGAGGCGUGAGCUUUGAUUGUUUUGCGUUCCAGAGUGGAAGUGGGUACAAAGGAAAAAAGCGGAAGCGCGCGCGCAGGAUGAGAAGCACGGAGCUGCUGCUCGCCUACUUUCUCGUGAAAGUUGUGGCGUGCGACGUAGCCGGUGAAAACGCCAGACAAGUCGGCUCGGUGUCCGUGUCUGGCUCCAACGAGUCCCGAGACGGCGAGAGCGGUCUGUCAGAGCCUCCGCACACAGAGGAUAAAUGCAGGGGCUACUACGACGUGAUGGGGCAGUGGGACCCGCCGUUUGUCUGCCGAACGGGCAGCUACCUGUACUGCUGCGGCACGUGCGGCUUCCGCUUCUGCUGCGAGUUCAAGGAGUCGCGCCUGGACCAGCGCGCGUGCACUAACGACGGCACACCGCCGUGGUCAAUAACCGGCAAACCGCCACCCAAAAAGAAUGACCCGGCGCACGACCCCACGAGGGAUAGAACCAAUCUAAUCGUGUACAUCAUAUGCGGAGUGGUCGCCAUCAUGGCUCUGGUCGGGAUUUUCACAAAACUCGGGCUUGAGAAGGCACACCGACCUCACCGAGAAAACAUGUCUAGAGCGCUGGCGCAAGUGAUGCGGCAGACGAGAGUAGAGGAACGCGAGGAGAACCUGGCUGUGCACGGACAGCCCUACGAGAACCUGCAGGCCCGGACUACAGGAAAUAACCUCCAAAGCAACCAGAUCAACAAUAUGAGUCCAGGAUCAGGCCUAAUGCAGGCAAUGACCCAGUACCCCACACUGGGGCAGGUUUCUCACACCUAUGAGCAACCACAGCCUGUCAAGGAGCUCAACAAAUAUGCAUCCUUGAAAGCAGUAGCUGAGAAAGCUAAUGAGAACUUUUACACAAAUCGGAGACAUGGGGUGGAAUUGACGACCAAAGGCACGUUACCCCUGCACUCAGUGCAACUUGAGCCGGAGCCAACCAACCCUUAUAGCCCAGAGUUGCCUUGCCAAAAACAAAACGGACACAAGGUGAAGAGCGUUAAGGUGUCGGGCUCACAUCCACUGCCCUAUGGCUCCAACACCAUUUCUACCCCAGGUAUGCUGAGGAGCCGGGAGGGAUCAGAUGUACUUGGGCGUCGCCACACAUAUGCCCCUAAAAAGCACAGCACGCUACUAGAGCAGGUCAAUGAGUUGGGCUCACCAAGCCAGCCUUACCUGCCUCCCCACCCAUACUACAUCAGCAACAGUAAGACUGAGGUGACUGUGUGAAAUGUAUGACACAGCCAGCUGACCUGAGCCAGACUAGAGCAAUCAAAGAAGGAGAGAAAGAUUUCCAGAGAUUUGUUUUGUUUCCUUAUGGCCAGGCAUUGACAGAGGUGCAUCUGAGCAUCUGAUUUG